AAAACUCCUAGAAGAAAGACCAGAGUGAUUUAAAUCACCACAGCUGAAACCCAGACGAAAGAGGAACUUGUCUUCAAGACGUCGAAUAUUGGCCAACUUCCUGUUCAUAAAGAUACUUUCAGUCGACAUAACAUGUUAAAGUAUGAAGAUGGGCUUACCAGUCAUUUCAACGACUACUUUGUCAGUCGUUACCGUUCUGAUGGCCGUUCAAAUAGGAUCUGUCAACUCACAAUUUAUCAACGAGAUUAAAGUGCUGCAAACGAGACUAGGAAGAAAUCUCCUGUCUGCUGGCCACCAUGUGGACUAUGUGAUCAGACCGUCUGACACCAACGCCGUGGUCAAUGGGACAGCGACUCUUUACUGCAAAAUUAACUCCGAAAUGACUAGUACGUCAGUAAAAUGGUUCUGUCCACCGAAUUACCACUUCUGUACCGAGGGCAGAAACUCUGGCCACCCGAGGUAUUCUGUGACAGGUGGUGAGGAAGAGUACAACCUGUUUAUAAACCCUGUACAACCAGAGGACGAUGGAAUGUUUCGCUGCUGGGUGAGGGAGUUCAGAGGUGAACCAGCGGAGGCCAUGCUGACAGUACUCACCCAGGCAGGAGCCCCUGUUAUCACUGGUUAUAGUAAUCCUGUCAGAGAGGGAGACACACUGACGUUAUCCUGUACUAGCCGCGGUGGUCACCCUCGGCCGAUAUUGUCAUGGUCCCUGGGUUCAGUCCCAUUGGAAGCAUACACCCGCUCUACAGAUGUCAGCGAGAUAGGAGUGACUUUUAGGAUACAACGAGAGCACCAUGGCCAAGUCGUUACAUGCAGCGCAUCGCAGCCAGGGUUUCCCCAACUGCUGCGUGAUCUGAGUACACACAUAACAUUGGAAGUGCAAUACGCUCCAUCGGUGAGUAUCGUCGUUGCAUCACCAGAGAUGACAAAAGAGGGCAAGAUUGUAAAAGUAAAAGAAGGCAGUACCGUAACAAUAAAAUGCAAUGUAGAAAGCAAUCCACCGUCGACUAUCGAAUGGCACGGUCCGCGCAGUGUACCUCUGCCGUUGAACCAGCCUGAACUCCAUAUCAGCACCAUUGCAAGGAACCAGGGUGGGACCUUCAUAUGUACUGCUGACAACUCCAUCGCCUCAGCAUCUAACAAGACGACAGUUGAUGUUCUUUAUCCACCUAAAAUCCUGACCAAUGUUCAGCACAGAAGAGUGAUGGUGGGAUCCGAGCUAACUCUUAAAUGCGUUGCUGAAGGAAAUCCAGCUCCGACCAUUAUUUGGUCAAACCACAGCAACGGUGAUCAUCUGUCUAACCCUUUGGUGGUACCCGCUGUCAGCUACGCAACGUCUGGUAAAUACAUCUGUAUCGCCGUCCAGUCUGACUGGCUGGAUAAAAAGGAAGUGUUCAUCGAAGUUACAGGUAAGCCAGUCAUCGUUCGUAGUAGUGACGUCGUGUAUGCAGAGGCUGGGUCUGGAGUAGAACUGAGAUGCAAUGUGGAGGCAGACCCUACCAUCAACGGGUCGUACUGGUCAUGGACGGAAUCUGACGGAAACAGAACCACUCUCUGGAGCAACAACACAAAAGCCAGGUUUUUGGCGUACCAAGUGAUCUCAGCCAGAGGAAUCGCCAUGGUGCUUGCGAUAGACAACAUUAUGCCGGACGACUUCAGACGUUACCAGUGCACAGCUACAAACACAUUCGGACAGGACAGUAGAAGGCUGAUGUUGCAACCCACAAUUGGAACUACCAGCCUCUCACUGCCCCUACUAGUUGGGUUAGGAUGUAGUGCCUGCGUAGUCUGUGUUGUCUUCGUAUACUUCAUGAAGAGAUAUUGCCAUUUGGUAAACAAGAGAAAGGACAAUGACCAGGCCGAGAUAGACCUGGUCGUAAUGCAACCACUGAAUGGAACUACAGAUGGACAUGCCGUAAGAUUGCAAAGUACGAGUGUGUCCGAGUCGGCACGCAACAUGCAAAGCCCAGUAGGAAACGAUCGAAGAGAGUCGCAAGAUAUGAGGGCUGGGCAAGAGCGUUCGAAUAUUCAAAGGCAACCGGAUGGAGACGAAGAGUUCCUGCUGCAGGGUGCAGACACUCAUGGCGGACAGUCUGAGAUUCAUCUGCCAUAUAGAAACGACGACAUCACCGACCACAAUGACAGUGACACCCAUAUCACGGAAUCAUACAUGGACUAUACCCCGGAGGAGAGGGACAUGGAGUUCAAAGAAGACCAGAUAACGUUACUUGAACAGCUAGGGGAGGGGCAGUUCGGAAAGGUGCACAAGGCGAAAGCACACUUCAUCCACGAUCAACCGGGGUCUAGAAUUGUUGCCGUCAAAACUGUAAAAGCCCACGCGUCAGCUGAAGUUCGAGACGACAUGUUGAAGGAACUCAGGAUGAUGAUGCGACUGCUGGACCCCCACCCGAAUGUCGUGACUCUGCUAGGGUAUUGUACAAAAUCAGAUCCGGUCAUGCUGGUAGUGGAAUACGUGCCCAACGGAGACCUUCUGUCGUUCUUGAGAAGAGACCGAGCUGCACGGAACGUGACGUACGCAAACCUGCACACGGAGAGCAGGACUCUGCAGAAUACUGACCUCAUCUCAUUCGCCUGGCAGGUGUCCAAGGGGAUGUGUUACCUGGCAUCCAAGCAGUGCAUCCACAGAGAUCUCGCGGCCAGAAACGUUCUAGUCGGAGAGCACAAGACAUGUAAAGUGUCUGACUUUGGUCUGGCAAGGGAUGGACCGGAAUACAAGAAAGUUAAAGACGGACUAUUGUUGAUGAUGUGA